AUGGCGAAUCAACUUUCCGGCCACUCUAGCCUACCGCGGGGUUUUCGGUACUCCGGCCUGGAUGAGCCGCCUAAGACUCCCGAGCCUCUGCUCCAGUCCGAUGAGGCUCAACUUCCUUCUCCUCCACGACCGCGCCUGAGGGUGAGGAGGCGAGUCGCAUCUCAGCUGUCGGCUCCUACUCAGCAGUUCCUGGCAUCUGUUGCUGCUGCUGACAUCCCCAUCCCAAGCAUUGAGGAGCCUGAACCCGAGAUUCUUCCUCGCAGGUUUCACAUGGAUGACGAUUUAAUUCCUUUCCCUGAGCUCCCCAUUGAGACACAGUGCGAGGGGUAUCUUCAGGUGCCACGCGCAAGACCCUCUUCUCCAAAAACGCCCGCUCCAGAGCUGGAACAGGCUCGCCCAAGAAAACGGUACCCUUCGUGGAGCUUAGAUUUAAGCAGCAGCGUUGAAUCGACACCUGAGCCUGAUUAUGAGUCUAGCAGGCCGUCUACCUCGCGGUCAACUCACACAAGUGCUUCCUUAUUCAGUCAAUUUUCGCAGUUCUCGGAUGAAGAGUGCAGCGAAGAGUCAGAUGGUGAGGGCACCUUCUACACCUGCCCUCUUGCGGACGAAGAAGAUGAGGAGCCAGCCGAGACCACUCCUCAGGCCUCUUCUAGUGCUUCCAAGACAAAAAGGGGAAGGAAAGCACCUUGGACAAAGGCCAUGAGUGACCACCUAUGGUCAACGUUCUUGUUAUAUCUUCAGGACCCCAGGGUUACUCCAUUCCGCAUGAGUAAGAGCGGUAUUCCUCCUGACGGCGUCUGUUUGCGAGUCGCUCGCGCGGCCAAGAAGAGCUGGAAAGGAUCCAGAGCCAUGGCUCGCGCAGCUAAGGCAUCUGCCGAAGGCAAAAAAAGCGGGAGCGCGACACCAACGGCAGACAAUUCAAGUCCAUUUAUCGAGUGGCCACAUACUUGCGCGGCGACCCGGGCGCAUUUGCGAGAGCUGUGCCGGCUGAAGGCCAGCUCACGGCCCAGCACAUUUAGAUUCAUGUCUCGGACUGGCACGCCUUUCACUCAGGCGGCGGCACGCCAUUGGAACCGCCGCUCAACCCCUGCACGGGGAGAAGGCGCGUUUACAACACGCGACAUCUCUGUGUCUCUUGCUCUCAGCACCGCGGAGAGUAUGCAGCCGAAUGGCCCCCUGGCCCAGCUUGCCAAAGCUGGCUCAGGGCCCUCGAUCACCAGGCCUGAGCCUGAGCUCAAGCUCCAGCCUGAGCCGACUCCUGCGUCCACGGUGGACAGGAGCGAGCCAUCUCUAGACUCUUCUGCUGGCAAGAAAAUCCUGCAGACUUUCGAAGGAGAGCCGUCAUUUGCCGAACGGCGCCGGUUGGGAUCUCCGUUCACCCCAAGCAGUUACGGGCCGAGCUCUUCGAACUCACUUGCUGCUAUUCUUGGAUUGAGCGGCUCCGCCAUGCCGCGUAGGCAGAGCCAGUCUCUUGGCUCGCGCAAGACGCUUCAAUCACCUGUUCGUCUUAGUAGGUCGGGUGCACAGAAACGGCGGCAUACACAAUCUGGAGUCUUCCGCAAGCGGCCCAGCAUUGGUGCCGAUUGGUGGCUUGACCCAAGUCUUGCUAAUUCUACAGCUGAAACGGCAUCCUCUUCAUCUACAGAGGCUGGAGCGACGACUCGCGUCAGGGACGAUGGUAUCUUCAUCCCGAAACCAGCGUCAGGACCCCCUUUGAACACGUCAGCAAGCAUGCCCGACGUCAGUGUCAAGAGCGAUACGUCUAGCUUGGAACCCCCUCCGCGGCUUGGCUCUCCGUUUUCUGUCUCGAGUUCGAGCCACAGCUACCCUCAUCGUGCUCACCGUUCUCAUCAGGCCGGUAGCAUCGACCUGGGAGUUCUUGGUCGCCCCUUUGCGACCAUUCAGCCUUUCUCCAGCGACUCAAAUGCUCUUUCGGGACGCCAGACUACCCUUGCUGAUCGUCUUGCCUACCUUGAUCAGCGGCUCAAGGAGCUCAAUCAGAAGGGGACUAAUGCUCGUUCUGAGCAUUGA